GUGCUGCGCCACCGCGGGCGAGAGGAGAGAGGAAAGAUAAUUCGAGCCCCGUCUCCCUUCCCUACCGACUCAUCUUCUCUUCUGCUGCUGCUGCUGCUGCUUCGGCCAUGGCGAUGUCCGACAUCUUGGUGCUGCUCGUGGUCGCCGCCGCUGGGGUGGGGCUGUCACAGGCCGUCGUUUACAAGGUCGGAGAUGCGGUGGGGUGGACCACCAUGGGGAGUCCCAACUACACCGCCUGGGCCAUCUCCAAGACGUUCCACAAGGGAGACACCGUAGUGUUCGAGUACAACAACACCUACCACAAUGUUCUGGAGGUGAGGAGGGAGGACUACAAGGCGUGCAAGGCGGCGUCGCCCAUCGCCACCUACACCUCCGGCAACGACUCCAUCAAGCUGAAGCGCCACGGCCACCACUUCUUCAUAUGCGGCAAGCCCGGCCACUGCGAAGCCGGCCAGAAGGUGGACAUCAGGAUCCCCAAGCCCACGUCCUCUGCUGCCCCUUCCGGCUCUCCCGCCGCAUCCCCUCGUCCCGCCACUGGCGGCAAGGGGGACGUCUCCAGUCCCGUGGCCUCCCCUGGGCCCAGUGGCGCUGCUACAGCUGCGCCCGGGGGCCUUGCUUUUGCUCUGACGCUGCUUCACCUUGCUGCUCUCGCUGGUGGCCUCCUUCCGCAGUAGUUAUCGCAGGGGGGCAGUGCCUUUGAGAUGAUGUUUCUGAACAUGAUCUCAAUUGUUCUCUUGCGCUUGUAGUCGAAGAACAUUCAUGCUCCAUUUUGGGUGGCUUUGAUAUUGAAUAAAAGGAUACUUUUUUUAUUAUAAUUUAUCAGGUAUUUGUAUUUUUUUAUCAUAUUCUAUUUUUUAAAAAUAUAUCAAAUUGAUUGAUCCAAUUUUUCUCUUUUUUUUCCAAUCAGAUCAAGAUCGUUUUUUUUUAAAUACUUUUUUAUUUUUAGACUAUUAUUAUACAAUAUUUAAAUGUGUCUAAUAUAUUGAAAGUAUGUAUAAUUUAUUUCUAGAGUCUAUCAAAAUCCAAUAGGUUUUGUUUUUUUGUUCGACCAAUCUAAGGGCUCAGGA